AUGGGAUCUCUCGACUCAUCCUCCUCACUCAUAACGGGGCUCGCCCACGUCAAUCUCACCGUCCCAGCCGGCACGCUCGAGCAAGCCAACGAAUUCUAUGGCACAACUAUGGGUCUCACGCCCCGUGCGGUCCCGCACUUGCAAAAGGGCACUUUAGCAUGGUUCGACAUUGGUUCUUCGGGACAGCAAGUGCACGUCGCUUUCGGAGCACCCUCGGAUUUUGAAAAGAAGUCAUCGAGACAUCCGUGCUUCAAGUUGUCGUCUCCAGAAGCGCUGUUGCAGUUGAGGCAGAGGAUCUGGGAGCAUUUCGUGAGGGGCGGCGAGGCAGCGCCGACCGAGGCGGAUAAGCCCGGAGAUGUCAAUUCAGGAGCUCAAGGCGUGGAAUAUCCAUCACGAUUCUUCGCGAGAGACUACGCUGGGAAUAGGCUGGAGUUCAGCCUUUAG